AUGAUAGAAGCUGAUACUUGUAGCGCUUAUACAUUUACCUCAAUCAUAGAAGACAUGAUAGAAGCCGAUACUUGUAGCGCUUAUAUACUUACCUCAAUCAUAGAAGACAUGAUAGAAGCUGGUACUUGUAGCGCUUAUAUACUUACCUCAAUCAUAGAAGACAUGAUAGAAGCUGAUACUUAUAUCGCUUAUAUACUUACAUCAAUCAUAGAAGACAUGAUAGAAACUGAUACUUGUAGCGCUUAUACAUUUACCUCAAUCAUAGAAGACAUGAUAGAAGCUGAUACUUCGCUUAUACUAACCUCAAUCAUAGAAGAUAUGAUAGAAGCUGAUACUUGUAGCGCUUAUAUACUUACCUCAAUCAUAGAAGACAUGAUAGAAGCUGAUACUUGUAGCGCUUAUAUACUUACCUCAAUCAUAGAAGACAUGAUAGAAGCUGAUACUUGUAGCGCUUAUACAUUUACCUCAAUCAUAGAAGACAUGAUAGAAGCUGAUACUUGUAACGCUUAUAUACUUACCUCAAUUAUAGAAGACAUGAUAGAAGCUGAUACUUGUAGCGCUUAUACAUUAACCUGUAUCAUAGAAGACAUAAUCGAAGCUGAUACUUGUAGCGCUUAUAUGCUUACCUCAAUCAUAGAAGACAUGAUAGAAGCUGAUACUUGUAGCGCUUAUAUACUUACCUCAAUCAUAGAAGACAUGAUAGAAGCUGAUACUUGUAGCGCUUAUACAUUUACCUCAAUCAUAGAAGACAUGAUAGAAUGUAGAAGACAUGUACCGCUUAUAUACUUAACUCAAUCAUAA